CUUACAGGCUCCAUCAUGUGGAUUAUUCCAGAGCAGAACCAAAGCUGGGUUUCAGAGUUUAUCUUACUUGGCUUCUCCAGUGAUCCCACAACUAACAGCAUCCUCUUCACUGUGUUCCUUCUCAUCUACCUGAGCUCAUUCAUGGGCAAUGGACUCAUAAUCCUGCUGAUCUGUCUAGACACACAUCUGCACACUCCCAUGUACUUCUUCCUCUGUUUACUUGCCAUGUUGGAUAUGGGCUAUGUCAGCACCACGAUGCCCCAGAUGUUGGUGAAUCUUCUUGAUCACUCUCAGACCAUCUCCUUUGCUGGCUGCUGGAUGCAGAUGUAUGUGUUUGGUGCCCUUGGUAUAACUGAGAGUUCCUUGUUUGUUGUCAUGGCUUAUGACAGAUAUGUGGCCAUUUGCUACCCACUGCAUUAUACUGUCAUCCUCAGAUGGGGACUGUGCAUACGGCUGGCAGCUGGGUCUUUGGUUUGUGGUUUCCUCUCUUCUUUGUUACAUACUUUCGUCACCAUGCGUCUGCCAUAUUGUGGACCCAACAAGGUCAACCACUAUUUCUGUGAAGGUCCUUCAGUGCGUAGCCUGGCAUGCAUGGAUACCCAUCUCAUUGAGAUGGUGGAUCUAAUCUUGAGUGUUUUUGUGAUUGUUACACCAAUUUCCCUCAUAGUGGCCUCCUAUAUUUAUAUUGCCAUGGCGAUUAUGAAGAUCAAGUCCGGCCAAGCUCGUUUCAAGGCCUUCUCUACCUGUGCCUCACACCUGACUGUGGUCACACUCUUCUAUGGUCCAGCUUCUUAUAUCUACAUGAGACCCAAUUCCAACUACUCCCCUGAACAAGACAAGCAGAUUUCACUCUUUUAUAAUACCUUCACUGCCUUACUUAACCCCGUGGUCUACAGUCUGAGAAACAAAGACAUCAAGAGGGCAUUUCUCAAGGUGAUGGCGAAUGGUAGGAUGGACUUGUGA